GAAAAGUGACGUUACGAUGUUGAAGCUUUAGUUUGAACUGUUAUUUAGCGUUUUAAUUCAACUGAUCAGAUAUUUGUACUCAUAUUGUUCUGCACUAUUGUUUAUUUGGACAGAUUAUUAAAAUAUUUUUAAUAAAUAUGAAUCCAGUUUGAUUUAAGAAGACAUCCGAUAUAGGAUGUCAAACUCUCAUCAACCAUGAACAAUGAAAAUAUGAAGAAAACAAAAAUUGUGGAUGAGUUUGUCAAAAAUACUCUCACAGACAGACACCUUGCACAAGAAAUUCUUGAAAAGAAUAACUGGGAUUUAAAGAAAGCUUAUGGCUCCAUCGAGAAAAUGUGCAAGGACCGAAAUAUGGCGAACCAUCCCCGCCAAAUAACAGGAAGUCAUACUAUUGGUAGAACAGGAGGGUUUGUAGAUAGUCAGGAGUAUAGUCGACCUGGAUCUGGAUUAGAGUCUGGUUAUGGUAUCCCGAUAUCGACACGGUCUUCCACGAUCUCAGGCUCAGCUACUAAUCCUUCUGUAAGAUCGACAAUUCCCAGGUUUCCUGUAGAACCAUUACAGACUGAUGGAAUUCAGCAGAAAGUGCAUGUCUUGCCUCCGUCAAAUGAACGAAUAAUACCGAUACAGGUGAUAUCAAGUAACACAACCUCGUCACCCAAACGACUUGUACAACAAAAAGCUGUGAUUGAAGAACCACACCCAUCUCAGGUCCAGCGAUCAUCACAAGCGUAUAAUAUAGAGAAACCUUUGAAAGAGAAAACGCCCCCUAAAACCGAACAAUCUUCAACAAGUACAAAUAAACCAGAACCAAAAUUAAAAAGAGGAAUAUCGAAUAUAAUGGAGAAUGCAUCUCUGUUGACGGAAACAAGAAGCUGUGUAUUACACGAUAUAGAAGAAGACAGUCACGAUCAUAUGUAUAUAUUAACCUUUGUCUUACCAGAUUUAACUGUACAUAAUGAUGGCUUCAGGGCUUUCUUACAGAAAGAAUUAGUUGAAACUUCAACAUUGGUUUCACUCGAACAAGCAGGUCGAUUGAACUGGUGGGCGGAGAUGAGAAUAUGUCAGAGGUUGUGGCCAAUGGCAACUACUGGUGAUGGUAAUUGUUUACUUCAUGCAGCUUCACUAGCUAUGUGGGGAGUACACGACCGAGAAUUAAUAUUGAGGAAUGCUCUGUAUGAUCUGUUAACCAAAAGUACUUAUAGAGAUGCGUUAUAUAGAAGAUGGCGUUGGCAACAAACUAUUACUAAUAAAGAGUCUGGUUUAGUUUUUUCCGAAUCGGAGUGGAAUGCUGAGUGGGCAAAUCUACUUAAACUUGCGUCACCGAAACCUAGAACCUUACCUGAUCAAGAAAGUAAUAGAAGACAUAGUUGUUGUGAUAGUCCAUUAACGCAGGGGUCUGAUACACCGGUUGUUUAUGAAAGCCUGGAGGAGUUCCACGUCUUUGUUUUAUCGCAUGUUUUAGAGCGACCUAUAAUCAUUGUGGCGGAUAAAGUUUUGAAAGAUUCAAGUGGUGAGGCGCUGGCACCUAUUCCGUUUGGUGGUAUUUAUCUUCCGUUCGAGUGUGGAUCGCGUUAUUAUAGAUCACCGUUACUGCUGACUUAUGAUGCUGCACAUUUCUCAGCUCUUGUGCCAAUGGAACAAGAAAAUCCAAACCAUCCACCAGCCGCCAUUCCUUUGGUUGAUCCUGAAUUUCAGCUACUUCCCAUUCACUUUUAUUUUGAUCCUGGUGCUAAAUGUGAGUGGAAUAAACCGAGCAAUAAAACUACUAGUGAUACGUCCAACGAAGAUAAAUUAAAUCUACUGCAAAAAUUUAUGGACGUGGAAAAACUUCCAAUACCCAAUUUUUACGGGGAGAAUGAUAUGGAAUCGGAUAAGAAUUCCAUCGGUUCGUACGAUUCGGAUGAUAAUGUCGGCUGCGUCAGUAAAGGAGAAAAGAAGAAGGACGCUAAAGUAACGCAGCAGAUGCAAAAUAUCGGGAAACAAUUUGGUAGUAUCGGAAAAACAGUGGGCAAAAAAAUAAAAAAGAAUUUCGGCAAUUUUGGUAAAACAGCAAAAGGGGGUCAAGAGAGUGAAAAAUCUGGUCAGAGGAAAGCUUCUGUAGGCAGCAUUAUUACACAGAGUACCAAGGUUAUCACUACCAUAGCAACCGCCGCCGAUAAAGAUCGCGUCUGGUGUGCUCGACUCUCGACCCAGCGCACGGAAAACCAGCAACUCAUGGUUAAAAAUUACAUGCACAAUGCUCGAGAAAGAUAUGACAAGGAUCGGGAAUUAAAACGUCAGAAAGGUGAAGAAAUACGGAGUCGAGUUAACGAGAUAUCCAACAAUGCCAACCAGAAUAUGUGCGUAACUCCAGGCUGUAAUCUGUACGGUAGUCCAGAUUUUGCAUACAUGUGUUCUAAUUGCUAUUCCCGCCAAAAAUCUAUAGCAGGCGGAAAACCACAGGGGAUGUACAACAACAGCAUACCUGGCCGUGGCCGACCAGCAAGCGACAUUGACAGAUAUGGUCAAGCGUACGACGACACGCAAAAAUACGGUAAAUCCAAAUUUUACGCCCCAGCCGAUGAUUUCAACAAGCCACCUGAAUUAAAAUCCAAUCGUGUGAAUGUUAUAAAAAACAAUCUGGACAGACCUAGAUCGACAGAUGAUGUACGGACCUCAGAACAAUAUCGAUUACAAGAUCGUACUCCGUCCCCAGAUUACGAUAAUGUUGAUUAUCCAGAUGAAAGAAAGAAAGAGUUAGGGAUGUCUAACGCACAGAAGUGUUUCUCCGCAGGUUGUUCUUUCUACGGAAAACCAGAAACCGACAAUCUCUGUUCCGCAUGCUAUAAAGAAAAAAGAGAUUCGUUGCUUAAUAAGGCUAAAACUCUAACUAGAAUAUAGAAAAUGCAAUAUAGGUUAAAGAUGUGCAACAUAUUUACAAUCUGAUUCAAACACAGAUCCUAUUUCGUUUUGUUUUUUAUAGUUCAAAAUUUCAUUUUACUUAUCUUUACUACACUAGGAUCUGGAAGAGUUAUUGUAUAACAGCCGUUCUAGUUGAUGUGAGGGAUAAGCCAAUGAAACAGUUGAUUACGACGAGUUCUUGGCGUGCUGUGCAUGGAACUGUUGGUAAACCACUAGACACAUCAAUUCUGAUUGAUUAAUCAAAUGUCUGACAUCAUAGGGUCAAAAGCUGCUUUUAUGACAUCUGACGCGACCUUCCACUAUAACCAGUCAGAUCUUCGUGUAGUGUAGGUCAUCGAAAGUAUAAAAAAAUGAAACGAAAUAUAGAUGUGUAUUUUAAUGAGAUUGAAGAUAUUUAUGUUAAUUAUACACAUUCAACGAUCUACUUCAGUUGUUGAAACGUUAGUCUAUCCUCCAUAGGAUUCAAAAUGUUCUGUCUCAAGUUUUUAUGUUUAAAAAUUUCAAGUUGAACCAAAAACUUAAAAAUAUUUUUAUAUGCCAAUAUCUGAUGUGGACAUACAGUAUACUGUAAAACAAGUAAUUAAUGCAUCAUGAAAUUAAUGCUGCAUGACAAAAGUGCUUCAUGAAAUUAAUGCUACAUGACAAAAGUGCACAAGUAAUUAAUGCUUUAUGACAUAAAUGCGUAUUGAAAUUAAUGAUAUCUGACAAAUGUAUUAAAGUUGAUGCAAUCAAACAAAUGCGAAAAAUGCCCAUUGAUAUUAUUGCAACUGUACAUGACGAAAAUGUGUAUUGAAAUUAAUGCUAACUGACAUAAAUGCGGAUUAAAGUUAAUGCUGACAUAAAUGCGUAUUGAAAUUAAUCAACCUAACUUAAUGCUCCCGAGGAGUAGGGUUGCCUGUCCAACCUCGUGGGUUUUCUCCGAGUCCUCUGCUUUCCUCCCACUGCUAAAUUCAACCAUCGGAAAUGACCUUGUUUGUGUCGAGUGGAUGUUAAACCCCAUCUCCCUUGUAUAGGUUUACAUUAAUUACUUGUCAAACAGUAUUGCUGUCAACUGUGUCCAUUAUCCAUCAACACGUACACUAAAUGCAGGGUUCAGGUCUUAAAGAAAUAUUAUGUAAGAUUUUGAUAAAGAGCUGACUGUUCUUGCUAGAACCAUUCAAAAAUGAAUAAUGAAAAAUGAAUAUAUUGAAAAUUUCAGUCAAAUUACUUUAUUCUUGGCGAAGUUAUGAGUGUAUGAAGUUUGUAGCAUAGAUAGCCUUGAUUGUCAAGUACCGUUGCUACAUUAAAGAUGCAUUAUGGGAGAUUAGAUAAAGAGUUGGCAGAUCUCACUAUAAUAGUUAAAAACUAGAUAAUGUAAAGGGAAUUUGCUGUAAAUUCCAGUCAAAUUGAUCCAUCCUGAACCAAGCUUUUAGCGAUUGAAUUUUCGGCCUAGCCCCGAUCAUCAUUACUAAAGUCGGUAGUAUAAAAAACAUAGUCUCGAUUAUCCAUUUCAUGAUUUAAUUAUGAAUGGAAGUCAAACAGCAAAUCAAAACCUAAUGCAAUAAACAUCGCAGCCCAGCAAUGCCAUCAAGAGUUGAUUAUGGUUUGGAUAAUUUAAUAAAUGUCUAAUUAAUAGUUUAGAUAAUAUUUCAGGCCUAAAGAAAGACCUGCAAUAGGCAGAUUUAGCUCUUGCACAAUGUAUGUUUAAUAUAGUCUUGAUUAUCCAGUUUAAAUGUUAAAUUAUCAAAUGGGACAGAUUAUGAGCUUGUCACGAUAAUAAAUGUAAUUUAUAUAACUUUAACAAAUUUAUAUCAUAAUUUAUGAUCAACUUUUUUGAAACAGACAAAAUUGAGACUUAUGAUGAUGGGGAAAACUUUGAAAGCCAGAAUGAAAUAUCUGCAAUAGCCAGAUUUAGUUUUUACAUAAUACAUCUUUGACCAGUUAAAUAUCAUAAUUUUUAUGCAACUUUUUUGAAACUGACAAAAUAGACACUUACGAUGAUGGGGAAAAUGACUUAGAUUUGAGAUAAAUGCUUUUUCAUUCUCUCCUAUGACGUACAUGUAUAAGCUUAUAGGUUUUAGGUUAUAUCACUGUAACCAG